CCAAAUACUCCCAUAAAUAAUGCCACAAAACUAAGAGUGAACGCUUUCAACACCAUUCUUCUCUCUCUCUCUCUUCUUUCUCACUCAUUCAUGCAUCAAAUCUCCAAAUUUUCUCUCUCCCUUUCACCCUGAAAUACAGACUCGUUUUGAUGACUACCCACCAUUUUUAAACCCCUUUUCUCUUUCUCUAUUUCUCUCCAAGUCUGAGCCUUCUUCUUCAGACUCUUUCUUACUAAGACACUCUUUUCUCUUUUCUCUCAUUGCUUCCCAAACCAUUACACCAAACAUUCAAACCUUAUUUUCUCUCUGUUUUUUACUUUUGCUAUCACAUUUUCUCAGAUCUGUUCUCAUCUUUUGGUCCAUUGGAGAAGAUUAAGACAUGAGUAAAGAAGAGAUUUUGAAGAUACAGAAAUGUGUUCUCAAAGUGAACAUACACUGUGACGGUUGCAAGCAGAAAGUUAAGAAAAUCUUGCAGAAGAUUGAUGGGGUUUUUACUACUGAGAUAGAUGCUGAACAAGGGAAGGUGACCGUUUCUGGGAAUGUGGACCCAAAUGUUCUCAUCAAGAAGCUUGCAAAAUCAGGUAAACAUGCAGAGCUUUGGGGUGCUCCAAAGGGUAACAACAAUAACCAGAACAACAUGCAAAUUGACAAUGGAAAAGGAGGAGGUGGAAACAACAACAACAACAAUAACAAAGGUCAAAAGGGUGGAAAUAACCCAAAUCAGCAAAAGGGUCCAAGCCAGAAUCAUCAACAAGGACAAAAUCCUCAACAACAACUUCAGCAACAGCAGCAACAACAGCAACAGCUUCAGCAACAGUUGCAGCAUCUUCAACAACUUCAGCAGAUGAAAGGGUUUCAAGAUCUGAAGCUACCUCAAUUCAAGGACAUGAAGAUGCCACCUCCAAAUCAUCAAAACCCAAACAUGAAAGCUGUUAAGUUCAAUUUGCCUGAAGAUGAUGAUUUGUCUGAUGAAGAGUUUGAUGAUGACUAUUCUGAUGAUGAGUUUGAUGAUGAAAUGGAUAAUAAUCCACAACAUCAUCCUUUGAAUAAGAUGAAACUUCCUAUGGGAAAUGGUGGUGGUGUUCCUCCUCAAAUGAUGAUGAAUCCACAACUUAUGAAUGCUCAAAAGGGUGGUGGUGGAAAUGGUGGAGCUAAUGGUAAGAAAGGCGGUGCUGUCGGUGGUGGUGGUGGAGCUGUUCCUGUUCAAGUUCAUGGCUUGGGUGGUGGAAAUGAUGGUAAAAAUGGGAAUGGAGGAAAGAAAGGUGGUGGUGGUGGCGGCGGUGGUGGAAACAAUCAGAAUCAAAAUCAAGGUGGUGGUAAUAAAAACAAUGGUGGGAAAAAUGGAGGUGGAAUGCAAGAGGGUAAAAAUGGAAACAAAAAUGGUGGUGGAGGUGGUGGUAAUGGUGGAAUUCCAAAUAACAAUGGGGGUAAAAAGGUAAAUGGAAUGGGUGAAGGUGUUCCAGGUAUGAUGAACAAUGGAUUUCCAAACAUGGGUGGUCAUAAUCAUCAUCCAAGUAUGAUGAAUGGGACUAAUGUGGGCCCCAUGGGUGGUGGUAACAACAUGAGUGGCAUUCCUAUGGGAGGAGGAGGAGGAGGAGGAGGUCCCAUGGGAAACAACAUGUCAAUGAUGAACCCAAUGGGUAACAUGCCAGCUGUUCAAGGCCUUCCUGCAGCCGCCAUGAACGGCGGUGGUGGAGGAGGCGGUCCUGGUCCUGUCGGAUACUUUCAAGGCGGUGGUGGAGGAGGUGGCGGUCCAGAAAUGAUGGCUGCAAAUCCUUAUCAACAACAACAAUACAUGGCUGCUAUGAUGAACCAACAAAGGGCAAUACCAGCUGGUGGAAAUGAUAGGUUUCAACCAAUGAUGUAUGCAAGGCCUCCAAUGGCUGUGAAUUACAUGUAUCCUCCACCUUAUAAUUACCCUCCUCCACAUUCUCAAGAUCCAUAUUCCAACUUUUUCAAUGAUGAGAAUACUUCAAGCUGCAAUAUUAUGUGAUAUGAAGAAAUUGGCGAUCAUGGUGCUGCUGACAAGAGAACAAGGAGUUGAGGUUGUUCUAAUCUGAUGAUGCUAUAUUAUACAAUGGAAGAAAUGAGUUUUAAUUUUAGUUUGAUUUUCAACUUUCAUUUUGUCCCUUUUUUUUCAUCCAAGUUUUCAAAAAAAAGUUAAAAACCAGAACUUUAAUUUACCAUAGGGGAGUAAUAUUUAUAUUAUAUAGGUUUUAUAAUAUUUUAUUUUAUGAUCUUGGGGAGAAGAAGUAAUGAGAUGUAAUGGGAUAUGGUGAUGUGGGGUUUUCCUCCAUGUGAGAUGUUUAUAUGUGUUUAUAUGCUGCAAAACAGAAAUAAAAUUUCACAAUGAAAAAAAAAACAAAUGGGGGAGAAUGGGGUGAACAAAUGAAAAAGCCUAUCUCACUCAUUUCAUUUUUCUCUCACAA